AUGCCGCGCGCUGAGGCAGGUAGUACCAAGGCUAUUGGAAAUAGGAUCAAGUCCAAGGGACUAGGAAGGUUGCGAUGGUACUGCCAGGCCUGCGAGAGGCAGAUGAGAGACGAAAAUGGAUUCAAGUGCCACACUCAAACAGAAGCGCACGUUCGACAGAUGAUGCUCAUCGGCGAAGAUCCGCGCAAACAUAUAGCAACCUACAGCCGAGAAUUCGAGAAGACAUUCAUAGAGCUCCUUCGGACCACCCACGGAACCAAGUCAAUUAAUGCGAACCACUUCUAUCAGCAAAUCGUCUCCGAUAAAGAACAUAUCCACAUGAACAGUACGCAAUGGAAGAGUUUGUCCCAGUUCGUCGCAUACCUCGGAAAAGAAGGAAAAUGCCGGGUAGAAGACACCGAAAAGGGCCUGUUCAUUGCAUGGAUCGAUAAUAGCCCGGAUACAUUACGUCGUCGCGAAGCGGUCUUAAAGAAAGAACGCCAAGAAAAGGGCGACGAAGAACGAGAACAGCGUCAGAUUCAGGAUCAGAUCAAGCGGGCUAGUGCGAUGGCCAAGCCAGAAGAAGAAGACCCAGAGGCAAAACUUUUGCAACGAAAGGAAGGUGAGAAGAUGAAGCUAGACUUUGGACUUGGUGCGAAGAAACCCACAGAUCCCAAGCCGGAUGCGAACCAAGCGAAGCCAGCUUCACCUUCAGAUAUGGCGUCUACGACUGCAGAGACACCUGUAUCCGAGACAACAGAUGCGCCGGUUGAAAACACCGAUUCUACUGUAGCUGCUGCCCCAGCGCCAGUCAAGCUUUCAAUGUCAAUGGGUACCCAGAAACCGAAGAAUGUGUUUGCUGCCGCUAAGAAGAACCCUUUGGCUGGGAAGAAGGGGUCUGUUUUUGCGGCUCCCAAGAAAAUGACCGAACAAGAACGAAUCAUGAAGGCUGAGAUGGAGGCCAUGGAGCGGAAGCGAUCUCGUCCGGAUUUAGGGUUUAUGAACAAGCGACCAAAGAUGGCUUAA